AUGUCCUCUUUAGAAAACAAAGUGAUCGCUGUUACCGGCGCCGCAUCUGGCAUUGGCCGUGCAACGGCUCAAAUGCUCGCAUCUCGGGGGGCUAUUCUAUCCUUAGCCGAUACAGACGAGGAAGGCCUUGUUGAAGCGCUCAAGACGUUUGAAGGCAACGGACACAUUUACACGAUUCUGGACGUUCGAAAAAGUGACCAAGUCAAUGCAUGGAUUGAGAAGACUGUCCAACAGCUUGGAAAGCUUGAUGGAGCCGCGAACAUCGCCGGCAUAAUCAGCUUUGAGACACCGCUGUCCCAGGAAACGGACGAAAGCUGGCAGCGGAUUCUCGAUGUUAACCUGAGCGGCACAUUCUACAGCCUUCGGGCCCAGCUUCGAAAUAUGAAUUCUGGAGGUUCUAUUGUAUUGACAUCCAGCGUCAGCGGCCAUAUUGGCUGUCCCGGACUCGGCUCCUAUACGGCCAGUAAGCAUGCUGUCAUCGGGCUUGCAAGAUGCGCAGCAAAAGAGAACCCUAAUAUCCGAGUGAACUGUGUUGCGCCAGGUGUCAUUAAAACCCCGUUUACUGUUGGAGAAGAUACACCCCCGGAGCAAAUCGAAGACGAGAUCAAACAACAGGUCAUAAAACGCAUGGCAGAGCCUUCAGAAGUCGCUAGUGUUAUUUGCUUUUUGCUCAGCAAAGAAGCUAGUUUUGUAACCGGGGCUGUAUAUAACACUGAUGGAGGCUGGUUAUGCUAA